AAAUGGUCAUAAUCCGAAUUGGUGAAAUGGCUAACGUCCACACUUGGGAUCAGAUCUUAAGAUUUUCUUUGAAGAUCAAUGAAGAAAAAUUAAAAAAAAUUGUUAUGUUAUUCCUUCAAUACAAUUGGGAUGAAGUAAAACAGACAAAACAAAUGAAGCGAAUGUUAAAGGAAGGAAAUAUUGAUUGGAUUAGUGUGAUUGAAAAUUUGAUUACAACAAAAAUUCUUGGAGAUUAA